AUGGAUAUAUUAAAUUUACAAUAUAAUUUUGAAAAUAUGAGAUUAGGUGAAUAUCGAUUGUUGAAUAAACAAAAUUUUUUAUUUCUAUUGUUUUUAAAUAUAAUUAUUAGUGUUUCAACAAUUAAUCGUGAAUAUAAUUUGAUAAUAACAUAUGGAAAUUUAAGUCCUGAUUGUGUUCAGGUCAAUGUCAGUCAACAAUCAUCACUACUUGUUAAUGGACAAUUUCCAGGACCGGAAAUUCGAGCGACUUAUGAUGAUAUUUUGAUUAUUAAUGUAUUUAACAAAUUAGAGUCAGAAGAUUUAACUAUACAUUUUCAUGGUUUAUUUAUGAAUAAUACUCCACACUUGGAUGGUGUUCCGUAUAUUUCACAAUCACCAAUAAAACCGAACGCCAGUUUUACUCAUGUGUUUCGUGUACAAUUAGUUGGAACAUUUUUUUAUCAUUCACAUGUCGGUUUACAAGCAAUUACAGUUUUUGGUCCACUUAUACUAGAAGAUAAAUUAUCGCAAUCUCUCAGUGACAUUGUGCUUAUGUUAAGUGAUUGGUGGCAUACUGACAGAUUAAUUCAAGAACAAGGAUUAUUUUCUCCAACUUUCACAUUUGUAGGUGAACCUACAAGUAUUUUAUUAAAUGGUAAAACAAUGUAUAAUAGUUCAUAUACUUGUAGUCACGGCUAUCAUGUAAUUAAUGUAACUAAAAAUCAAAUGUAUCGACUUCGUAUUAUUGGAGCCACGACACUUGCUACUCUAAAUUUUGCUAUUGCCGGUCAUACGUUAACUUUAAUUGAGGUUGAUGGAAAUUAUGUAAAACCUUUGGAAGUUUCCUAUUUAGAAAUAGCUAGUGGACAACGUUAUUCUGCAUUAUUCAUCACAAAUAACAUAACCGAUAAUUAUUAUAUGUUUGCUGAUGUUCGAUGGCGAAAAAAUAUAGCUCAUAAUGGAAUUGGCAUUCUUCAUUAUGAAAAUGCAUCAGACGCACCCAAUACAAUUGUACCUGAUAAAAGUUUAUUACCGUAUUUACCACCAGAGACGAAUAUCUAUCUAGCCGAUAGUCUACAAUUACAAAAUGACACAUUAAGUCUCCCAUCAAAUGCUGAUCGUGAAAUUAUUUUAAUUGGUACUCAAGUUCGAAACUAUGAUGGAGGAAUUCGAUGGGCAAUGAAUAACGUCAUUUAUAUAUCACCAAAUUCUUCUUAUCUUUUGAAUGAUCUUUAUUUCAAUAAUAAAAGUUUAAUAUCAUCGUCAAAUGAUUUAAGUAAUUUAACAAACGGAGGUUAUUAUGCGCCAGACAAUACAUAUCCCAUUCGAAAAAACGAAGUAAUCGACUUCGUUAUACAAAAUACCGUUGCAUUGAAUGGAGUUUGUGAAGGUCAUCCGUAUCAUACACAUGGACAUAAUUUUUGGGACAUUUCCUAUGGUGAUGGAGAAUAUGAUCCAAAUAAUUUGAGUAAUAUACAUGUUAUUCCUCAUCCAAUUCUUCGUGAUUCAAUAUUUGUUAAACCAUCCGCAUACGCUUAUUAUCAAUAUGUCAAUUCGACUAACUACAAAAAAUCAUGCGGUUGGAAAAAGAUUCGUCUUAUUGCUGAUAAUCCUGGUAUUUGGCCACUUCAUUGUCAUAUAGUUAGUCAUAUGAUGAUGGGUAUGCAAAUUGUUUUGGAAGAAGAUCUUCAAGAUUUACGCAUUCUGUAUGCCAAAGACUUACUAACUAGUAGGAGUACAUCGAUUUUUACAACUAUUUUUACAACUAUCCCAGUUGUUUUUUAUAUUUUAAAUUUUUUCAUCUAUGAGAAGUUACGUAGAAAAUUUGGUUUAGAAGAGUAA